AUGUCGCUGUUCAUGAAUCCGUAUGCUUCCCAGGAAGUUGACGAGCAGCGAAUGCAGAUGGCUCAGGUUCAGUUCGACGCCAUGGCUACGUCCUUCAAUACAAUGCUGCGAAGCUGCAUGGAGAAAUGCAUCCCGCACGAGUACGGCGAAGCGGAUUUAAACAAGGGCGAAAUGUGCUGUAUCGACCGAUGCAUUGCUAAAGUGCACUAUGCUAACCGUUUGGUUGGAGGUCUGGCACAGGCUCGCAACGUGGGACCGGACUAUCUGAGACAUUAUGAACAGUUCAAAAAAGAUUAG